UCCAUGGCUACCAGCAGUAGUGACAAGCACAACCCAAUCUCAUCUCCCCCUCUUCAAGACCGAGUAGCCAUUGUCACCGGUGCCUCUCGUGGCAUUGGCAGAGCCAUAGCUCUCCAUCUGGCCUCUCUUGGAGCCAAACUAGUUAUCAAUUACACCUCUAACAAGGUCCAAGCAGAUCUUGUGGCAACAGAGAUUAAUUCUUCUUUUCCCGGUAGCACCCCACAAGCCUUGACAGUCCAAGCCGAUGUCUCUGAUCCUAGCCAAGUCAAGUCCCUCUUCGACAUAGCUGAACAGUUCUUUAACUCACAGCCUUACAUCUUGGUCAACUCAGCUGGUGUUAGCAUUGCUAAGAUUACCCCCGUAGCCGACACUUCACUGGAGGAUUUUGAUAGAAUUUUGAGGGUAAACACGAGAGGGGCUUUCUUGUGCGCCAAGGAAGCAUCAAACAGGCUGAAACGCGGUGGUGGAGGGCGAAUCAUAUUGGUAUCAUCAUCAAUCGUGGCUUCACUGAGGCCAGGAAACGCAGCAUACGCAGCAUCAAAGGCAGCAGUAGAUACAAUGGUGAAGAUACUGGCGAAGGAGCUCAAGGGAACUGGCAUUACUGCAAACUGUGUGUCACCAGGUCCAAUUGCAACAGACAUGUUCUUUGCAGGCAAGACUGAGGAAAUGGUGGAGAAAGCGAUCGAUGAGUGCCCACUUGGUCGGCUAGGCCAGAGCGAGGAUGUUGCUCCCUUUGUUGGGUUCUUGGCCACUGAUGCCAGUGAGUGGGUUAAUGGUCAGGUCAUUCGUGUUAAUGGUGGCUAUAUUUGAUACUUAUAUAAAAGUGUGCCAUGUAUGUUAGUUUCAAACAAUGGCUUCAACUCCGUUGUAAUAGAUUAUAAUCUAAUCAAGACAAAUUUGGACAGUGGACAUCUUAAUGUUUCAUUCAUAUAUU